CAGACAGUUUAGUUCCACUCUCCUUUCCAUUGAUUUCUGACCGCGAAAUGCUGCUCAAUCUGAAUAAAAAUAAUAUUUGGGUGUGGUCUUUGUGCUUUUUCAUUUCGGUGACAUGGGUGCAAGGACGCGUUGGCGUGGGACCUGGAGAGCAGGAGUGGGACUACGUGGAGGUUCGCAAGGGCGCCCAUCUCUUCUACUGGCUCCUGUACACCACGGCCAAUGUCAGCCACUUUACGGAGAGACCGCUGGUGAUCUGGCUGCAGGGUGGACCAGGAGUGGCCUCCACGGGCAGUGGGAUCUUCGAGCAGCUGGGCCCCAUCGACAUCGAGGGCAGGCCGCGGGAAAGCAGUUGGGUGCGGCACAUGAAUGUGCUUUUUGUGGACAGCCCCGUGGGUACUGGAUUCGCCUACGUAGAGGAACAUGGCCAGUAUGCCAGCACCAAUCGACAGAUAGCGCUUGAUCUCGUCCAGCUGAUGGUUCAGUUUCUCGAACAAUAUCCGGCGUUUCGAAACGUACCCUUGCACAUCUUCUCGGAGAGCUACGGCGGUAAAAUGGCCCCGGAGUUCGCGUUGGAACUUCAUUUGGCCAAGAAGAGGGGCCGAUUGCAAUGCCGACUGGAGUCCGUGGUGGUGGGCAAUCCCUGGACCUCUCCGCUGGACAGCGUUAUCUCGUAUGCCCCCUUCCUGUUCCAAGCGGGCAUUGUGGAUGAGGAUGGAUACCGCAGAAUAUCGCGGAAGGCCGGCGAGCUGGCCGCACUUGUGUACAGCAAAAAGUGGUCGAGUGCCCUGUUAAAGGCCAGCGAUAUUCAGGAGGAGAUCCUAGAAAGCACCGGCGGAGUCUUCAUCUACAACACUCAGCGUCGCGUUCACGUGGACGAGGUCUACCGGUACGGUGAGGACCCCUCUAUGGGCCAAUUCGUUCGCUCCAAUGUCACUCAGGCACUGGGCCUCGUCGAAAUGCCCGAGUGGAUGAAGAACAAUUCCACCGUCUUCAUGCGCCUCGAAGCGGAUAUUUUCAAGCCAGCCACCCAUAUAGUUACUAGAUUGCUAAAGGAGACGCACAUAAAGGUGGGCAUUUAUUCUGGAAUUCUGGACCUACUUUGUGCCACGCCGGGCACCGUUAGUUGGAUCAACCGACUGAAGUGGGGCGGCAGGUCGGAAUAUGCGAUGGCACCGCGUACCGCCUUCCGGAUCGAAGGAAUGCUCGAGGGGUACGAAAAACACGGCGGACGACUCAGUAUGUUCUGGGUCUAUCGGGCGGGUCAUCUGGUGCAGCAGGAAAACCCAGUGGCAAUGGCGUACAUUCUGAAAUACUUCACCAAUUAUGGAUAAUAUACCAUUUCCUUGGAAUAAAGAAAAAUAUAU